CCCGGGGGUCCCUGGGAGUUGGGGUACAGCCGAAGGCGCCAGAUCUGGGCUCGCCACCCUCCCGGGGCAGUUCUGGCCGGACGCCUGGGUCCUCUGGGCCCCUCCCCCUCGGGGGCGGGGUUAGGCGAUCUGACCAAUGAGCGGCCAUUCGCGAGGCCCCGCCCCGCCCCGCCCCCGGAGCCGCGGCCUCGCAGAGUGCCCAACCGCCCGGCGCCCUGGCCAGGGGCCGUGCGAGCUCCGAAGCUGCGACUGGACCAAGAUGCCUGGUGAACAGCAGACAGAGGAGGAGGAAGAGGAAGAGAUGCAAGAGGAGAUGGUGCUGCUGGUGAAGGGUGAGGAAGAUGAGGGUGAGGAGAAGUAUGAGGUGGUGAAACUCAAGAUCCCCAUGGACAACAAGGAGGUCCCGAGCGAGGCGCCAGCGCCGUCGGCCGACCCGGCGCGCCCACACGCGUGCCCGGACUGCGGCCGCGCCUUCGCGCGCCGCUCCACGCUGGCCAAGCACGCACGCACGCACACGGGCGAGCGGCCCUUCGCGUGCACCGAGUGCGGCCGGCGCUUCUCGCAGAAGUCGGCGCUGACCAAACACGGCCGCACGCACACGGGCGAGCGGCCCUACGAGUGCCCCGAGUGCGACAAGCGCUUCUCGGCCGCCUCGAACCUGCGGCAGCACCGGCGGCGCCACACGGGCGAGAAGCCGUACGCAUGCGCGCACUGCGGCCGCCGCUUCGCGCAGAGCUCCAACUACGCGCAGCACCUGCGCGUGCACACGGGCGAGAAGCCGUACGCGUGCCCGGACUGCGGACGCGCCUUCGGCGGCAGCUCGUGCCUGGCGCGCCACCGACGCACGCACACGGGCGAGAGGCCGUACGCAUGCGCCGACUGCGGCACGCGCUUCGCGCAGAGUUCGGCGCUGGCCAAGCACCGGCGCGUACACACGGGCGAGAAGCCGCACCGCUGCGCCGUGUGCGGCCGCCGCUUCGGCCACCGCUCCAACCUGGCGGAGCAUGCGCGCACGCACACGGGCGAGCGGCCCUACCCUUGCGCGGAGUGCGGCCGGCGCUUCCGUCUCAGUUCGCACUUCAUCCGCCACCGUCGCGCGCACAUGCGGCGCCGUCUCUAUAUCUGCGCCGGCUGCGGCCGGGACUUCAAGCUACCCCCUGGCGCCACGGCCGCCACUGCCACCGAGCGCUGCCCAGAGUGCGAGGGCAGCUGAGCCGCCGUUCUCGUCGCCGCGGGGUUGCGAGCGUCCGGCUUGUGGGGGGAGUGGGGGCGGACACGCCGGGACCGCCGACCUGGGGCCGCAUUAACCAGGACCUCCCUGGCUCACCACCAGGGGCUGGGAAAGGGUGGGAUGGCAGGCCUGGCUGCCUUGGAACUGGGAGGCAGGGAGAAUCCCCUCACUGGGAACCCUGGAAACAGUGCCCACUCCCCGCUCACUACAACCCCUUGACCCGUGUUAGUGAAUAAAGUAUUAUAUCCUCGCCCCUCCUGUGCCUGUGAGUGAGGCGGCGGGGGGAAGGAGGAAAGUUGGCGUCUUACCCAGGCUUAAGAGACUUGAAUUAGGGAGCCAAGUGGGGCAAUAGGCCCAAAGGGGUUCCCUGAACUGGCUUUUUAUGUGUGGGGGGAGUCCUCAUAACUUCAGGUCUGGAAGGGUCCACAAAUACAGCAUAUUCUGGUCAGGCAGCCGCUGCAUUGUUCAGUGAGCAGGCAUGAACUUCCUUCUAGGAGAGAUGGGCUGACUUCAUUUCUUAACUUGGAUGCCAGCGUAUGGUGUCAGGAGGGCACAGGAUGAGGAGCAGGACAGGAAUUGAAGGCAAUUCUUACACCCCAAUCUGGACACGUUGAGUGUGAGGUAAACGCAGAGGAGUCAGAGAGGUGACUGGAAAUAAUAGCUUGGGGAUUGCAGGUCUGGAGUGCAUGAUACCCCUUCUAGAAGAGGGUAUCCAAGGAAAGUCUGUGAAAGAACAGCCAGAGCUGGAAAGAAAACAGAAGCGUCCUGUCUGGGAAAUCUAAAGGAAAGUGUUUCACGGAGGGAGUGGUCACUCUGUUAGAUGCUGUAUCUGUAGCUCAGGGAAAGUGGUGAGAGGAGGAGUGGGGGUGAAAGCCAUCCUUGAGUGGAUGAGAGCAUAAAUAGGAGAAUGAGGAAGCCUAGUGGAUGGAUGUAGACAACCCAUUUUAAGAGGCUUGGCUGUGAAAAGCAAGAGGGAAAUGGCUGGAGGUUUGUUGGGUUUGUCUGGUGAGUAGGGAAGAAACUUGAUUAUGUGUUAUAUAUGCUGGUGGCAGAGCUGAUAGAAAGGAAGAGAAGUUGGUUAUAUAGAAGAGAGGGGAGGUAACUCAUCAUGGAGAGGACAUACGAUAAGAGACCAGUAAGGAUAAGGUUCCUGCUGUCACUAGUAGGGAGAGGAAAGGUGGGUUUUGGAAUACAAAGCUGAAGCAGUUCUAAUCGGCAGUGUUCUCCCUGGCAAGUAAGAGGUCACUGGUUAAGAGGGAGUGAGGUCAUUAGUAAAAGGAAUGAGACCAGUAAAGAGGAAUGCCUCAUUUUACUAUUGUGGAAUUAGGCUCAUGGGGGCGGCAAAAGUAGUUCGGAGGGUUUUCCCCGGCAUUACUCCGCACUGUGAGGGAGGUAGGCCGUGGGUAUCCCCGAAAGGGAAGUGAUGUGCCUGAGGUCACACAAGGGGUAAAUCAUACCCAACACUAUAGGUGCAAGUGGCAAUUGGCCUUGGGAGGACAGGGGAGGAGGUAAGGGGCCCUCUCCAAGAUGAGAGGAAUCUCUCUGUUCUCCACGUCUGACACUUGACCCUAAUUUGUGAUGAGGGCCCAGGGAGAGGAGCAUUAGGCUCUCACAGGGUUGGGGUCCUGAUGGACAAAGAUGGGCUUUAGGCCCAGGACCCUCUUAACUGUUGACAUUUCCUGCUCUGGGCCCCUGACAGUUUUGAGUUGAAUAAGCAAACAGAUAACUGCAAACUUAGAAAGUCCCUCCUAUAUGCCAGGCACUGUCCUAAGCACUCUACUUAAAAACAACUUAAACCUUACAACCCUAUAAGGUAGAUACCAUUAUUUUAAUUUUAGAUGAGGAAACCAAGGCGCAGAAAGAUUUAAGUAAUUUGAUGAACGUCAUCCAGCUCGUAAUUAUCAAAGAUGGCAUUUGAACCCAGAUAGCUUGACUCCAGAAUCUGGGCCCUUAACCAAUGCUACAUAUAGCCUCCAGUCCCCUUUAGAGGCCCAGAAGGGCUAAGGGAAUUGCAUGACAUCAAACGGGGAUCUUGCCAGAAAUCCACUCUCUCUGCCCUGUAGGUGGGAGGUAUACUAGAGAAACAUGGCAGCUGGGCUCAGAGGCAUCCCUGGUGCCCUUCUCCAGUACCUGCUGAGAUAGAGCCUCCCCAGUCCCUCCAGGAAGAAUCUAGAAGUUGCUAACCAAAACUUUUAUUGAGAGUGAAAAAUACCAGGAGGCUGUCUUCUGGAGGUUCUUGGGCCUCAGACCUUACGAAGUAGGGCCCCCAGGCCCCUGAUCUGUUAGGAAAAGACUAGAACAAGGUCCCACGGCCAGGCCACUCUCUGCUUCUCAGAUGCCAUGCUGAGUUGCAAGUCCUGUGCCCGUGUUUCUAGGUUGAGGCCUGGCCUGUGGACUCACAGUCAAGGUCUGCAGGCCCCACAGCUUGGUCUUCAGAGGUGGCCCCAUGGGGCAAGUCUGUAUACUUGAGGGCAGAGCCGCGGGACAGAUGUGCUGGGUAGCGCCGACGGUUGAGGUCCAUCUUGGAGAGCACCGCUUGGGGCAGAUCCACAUGGCAGCGGGCUGCUAACGCUACCAGGUAGAUGAGGACGUCACUAAGCUCUUCUUGAAGGGCUGCCCGUUCCCUGGGGGGCCAGGCUUGGGGGCCAGGCUCCUCAUCAGGCUUCCACUGACUGGGGGCAGAACACACAGAUGCUAGCUAAGACGAUGGGCUCCGCCUCUCUUAGGAGAACCCCAGUCCUUGCAACAACGCACUCCCAUGUCUUAGGAAGUUCCUUCAAGGACAACUCAACCCACCUGGGCCCCAGGCACAACUCAACCCUCCUGGGCCCCAGGCAGAGUCAGGGUGGGGAAGAGACCCCAGCAGAUGAUUCAUCCAGACCUCUGUGUCCCAACCUGAGCCAAGGACUGGCCAAGAGAACAUUUCACUCAUUAAGACCCAAUUCUACUUCUCUCCAGCCCCAGCCACUGCGACUCCAGACUAAUCCCCAGACCUGGACCACUGGGAAAGCUUUUGCUAACUCACCUUCUACUCUUGCCCAGUACCAUCUUUUAAACCUACAAAUUACAUUUUGUCCCUCCGCUGCUAAAAUUUCCCCAACUGUACUUGGAAUAAGAUCCAAACUCCUGGAUUUUGGGCACCUGGGUGGCUCAGUCGUUAAGCAUCUGCCUUCGGCUCGGGUCAUGAUCCCAGGGUCCUUCCCUGCAGGAAGCCUGCUUCUCCCUCUCCCGCUCCCCCUCCUUGUGUUCCCUCUCUCGCUGUGUCUCUCUCUGUCAAAUAAAUAAAUAAAAUCUUUUUAAAAAAUAAAA